AGACGGCCCAAGAGGACCCCAAAAACGACCCCGGAGGUUCCGGAGUCCGACCAAGAGGGCCCCAAGAGGGCCCCAAGAAAUUCUUCCAGAGCCAUUUUGGUUCAAGUUUUGGCUUAAGGGGUGGCCGCAGUGAGAGCUUGGUCCGACCGACCUGCCGUCUCCCGCGUCGCGUCGUUGGGCGUGCGUCGGCGUUGUAGUAAUGGUCAACGUGGACGUUCUUUCUCUGUUCGCGGCCUCUGUGAAGGCAGUGCUCAAGAUCGGCGUAGUAACAGGCGCCUGAGUUCUCAUGGCGAGAUGGGGCAUCAUCACGAAUGAAGGCAAGAGGUGCCUCGGAGAACUGACGAUGACUCUUCUGAUCCCGUGCCUUAUGUUCACUCAGGUUGCGGAUUGCGACGUGCAAAUGCAGCAGCACAUUCCUUGCCCAAACAUAAAGUCGGUAAUCUUGGGCUCCUGGGUUCUAUUCCUGUGGCCACUUGUUGUCGUCUCGAGUGGGUACGGGCUGGGCUAUUCUGGUAUCCAAAAUGCUGAGGGUGCCGCAGACUUUUGCCAGGGCUGCUGCUGGGUCUGUUGCUUUCGGCAACUCCACGGGCAUGCCGCUCGUGCUUCUCCAGGCGCUCACCCCAUCCUUGAUCGCUAAUGGUAUUCUGGAGGAGAGUCCCCUGCUGUAUCUUCCUGUGUACCUGGUCUUGUCGCCAGUCCUGCAGUGGACGAUCGGACCUGCAAUAUUCCAAGCGCCCAAGCUUGAAGAUGGGGCGGCCCCCCUUGCUCGAGAUGGAGAUGGCGAGAGUGAGACCGCAUCUGAUGAGUCGAGGCUGAGAGCGCAGAGCGUGACCCGGUGCAGGGAGACCAGGCCGACACGGGCAACUCGGUGCAAUUUGUGCCACAAUUCGCCCCCCAGGCCGAGAUUGACGACGGGGUCACGUUGGAGUCAAUCAAGUCCGGACGCCUGAUGCCCAGGAAGAGAGACGGGGUAUGGACAAACGUGAGCAAGGUCUUGUCGCUUUUCGUGUCGCCGCCAGUUCUGGCGACUAUCCUCGGCAUCUUCUUUGCAGUGGUCAGGCCAAUGGAGCCGCUCGAUGCGUUUUUGUUCCCCAGUGCAGAGCCCGGUUCGAAGCGGGUGUUUGAUUGGGUAUACCAAGGCUUGCGCAGUAUAUCCAAUGCGGCCGUGCCAGUGCAAUAUCUGAUGCUUGGAGCGAGUCUGUCUAAAGGCGCAGAUUUCGGAGCCUUGCCCUUGCCAACUAGUGUCGCUCUCGCUACGACGAAGAUGAUACUACAGCCAGCAGUAGUGAUGUGUCUUGUUUGGCUAGUCUCCCGCGUCGUCGGGGACAACGGAAGUGGUUAGUUGCCAUUAUGGUCUUGCUUACGCCAACCGCGAAUAACAUAAUGGUUCAGGCGGAAGCUGGUGGUCAAGACAAGGCUGCUCUGAACACGCUGAUUUUUACCCAGUGCAUGCUGUCUCCCGUUCUGCUGACAGUGUCCCUGACUGCAACAGCUUUCAUGAUGCAAGUUAAUGGGUUCCUGCCGAGCCACCCAUGAAGCUACGGCCGGUGAGGCAAGUCGUUCAUGCUGAGACCAUGGCCAUGCCUUGGAGGAAGUUUCGAAGGGCAUACCAGCAAGGCCUAAUCGCAGCCGGGCCUUCGGCGCGUCUCAUCACCUUGGCGCUGUUUUCUGUGCCGGCGCCGUUUGCGGCGCCGUGCCAGCGUAACUAGACCCUCUGCGAUCUGGCUGCUUUCAUGUUUAAAGUGCAGGGUGUAGGUCGUGUUCAGAUUUUGGGUCCGUGGGGUGUCGAUUCGCCCACGCCCGCCUGCGGUCAACCCAGUGAAUUAGAUGCAUUUUUUCAUGUUCAAGAGCUGGUCGCCCCACCUUGCGUGCACAUCCUUGGGCAAUCGACCAGAUAAGUGCGCGCGAGGCGGGUGUGUCUCUGGCGCGAGUCCCGGCGCCACAAGAUGCCCCAGUGGAGCUCCCAAAAGGUUUCUCCAUAUUCAGUAAAUCUCGCGCUCUCGCAUCUACCCGUUGAGGCGCCAUCGAUUGGCGCAAGUUAGCCGUACCGAUUUCGAGGUUUUAGUGGCAUGGACGCGGAAAUCUGCAGUCCAAUUCCUUGUGCGAGAGUGCCUCAGGUUGAGCUGCUCGCGCAUUGCCAGUACAUGUGUUGUUCAAGUUUCUGGGUAGAAGCUUGCAAUUUUCAUCAUCAGGUGUUUGCGCUGGAAAAAAAAUCUCGCGCUCUUCUCCUUCGGAUGGCGUCGGGAGAUCUUCACAUGGCCCCGAGGCUCGAGACCGCCCC